UUCUAAUCUAAUCGUUUAUUUCACGUUUUCCCAAGUUUUAAUUUUUGAGGCCUGCGUUUUCUGCUGGAAUUUUUUAAUUUUUGAAAAUUUUAAUUGGCAUUUUGUUCUUUCCUUUAUUAAUUUUUAGUAUUGCGCACAAAUGACGCCUCCAGCAUUUCAAUUACCUCGACUCGCUACUGCUAAACACAUUCUUGGAUCUUAUGACACAUUUUUAUUCGAUGCUGAUGGUGUUUUGUGGAGAGAUGAGAAUCCAUUGCCUGGGGCCAUUGAUCUAGUCAAACAAUUGUCAGAUGUUGGAAAGCGAGUAAUUAUACUUACAAAUAAUUCCUCUCGGGAUCCUGUUGGACAUGCGGAGAAGGCUAAAAGAUUGGGAUUUUCAAACUUUACAUCUAAUGAUGUUUGUUGUCCAAGUCUAAUUCUUGUGGAUCAAUUAGAACAAAUGAAGAAAGAUCCAAAGUUUGCAUCCAAAGCUCAUCUGCCGAUCUUUUUAAUUGGACCGCCAGGUUUGGAAAAUUUUCUUAGGAAGCGUGGAAUUGAGUCAAUUGGAACUGGACCUGAUCCAAUGCCUGACGGAAAGUUAUUCACUCUCGACAAUGCUUCUGAUUUUGUCACAAAAGAACCUGUUUUAGCAGUUAUUGGAUCAUUCGAUUCACACAUUAGCUUCCCAAAAAUUAUGAAAGCAGUAAACUAUUUGCAUGAUGAUGAAAUGCCAUUUUUUGUGACAAACGAAGAUGCACGCUUUCCUGGAAAAGAUCCUAAUAUUGUUAUUCCUGGAGCUGGAACGAUUACUUCAAUGUUAAGAUACGUUUCUGGACGUGAACCAAUAGUUAUGGGAAAGCCAAGUUCCUUCUGUUGGGAUUAUAUUUGUAAAAAUUUUGGUGGUUCAUUUACACGAGAAAGAACUUUAAUGAUUGGAGAUAGAUGUGAAACGGAUAUUCAAUUUGGACGUAAUUCAGGCCUUAGCCUGAAUUACGCAUUGGAUCAGGUCCAGUUCCAAUUGACUCAAUUCCACGCUUCCUAA